AUGUCUGUGCCGGUAACAUACAAGCCUUCUCCUCUGGGCUAUGGCUCUUCACCUACUCGAAGCUCUCCAUUUCGUCGCGCCGAAUCUCCUGCAUCGCCCUCUCCCCUAAGACACACUACUCCCACCGGAUCACCGACAAAGGCAGGACCUUUCGGCUCGACUUCGCGCUUUGCUAGACCUACAACUCCCACAAGCACACAACCCAGUUGGACACCAAAGGCCAAGACUCCUGUUAGAGACGAGAUGAAUUCUUCGCCUUCGCGUAUGUCUCCAGUGGCCGUGGCCCCAAGGACUCCAGUAUCAAAGUCGCUUGGCAAUGGCAAUGCUCUAUCGCAACUGCAAGCAACCCAGGUCCGAACAUUGAGAGAUGCUUUCCAGAUCAUGGACCGAGAUUGCGAUGGUGUCGUAAACCGCGAGGAUGUUACUGAUAUGCUCAACCAGCUGGGUCUGCCUUCAAACCCAGCUGACGUAUCCAAGUUCUUUCCUCCAUCAGCACCCCAGACAAUCACUCUCGCAGUUUUCCUCAACUCGCUUGCCGACGCACUUGCAGCACUUUCACCAAGCGCCGAGCUGCUGUCUGCCUUCUCUGCCUUUGAUGACGACGAUAGCGGCCAGGUCGACUUGGUCGAGCUGCGAAAAGCACUUCUUGACACAGCACCCGAGCCCGGUGAGAAGGCUCUAACUGCCAGUGAAGUUGAUAAGAUCAUGAAUGGGUUCACUGGACGACGAGCUUUCAACCGCAACAUGAACGCUCACCUUGGUGCAAAAAGAGGUGAGGUGUUCAAGUACCAGGAAUUUGUUGGCUCUAUCAUGGGCUCCAAUAACGGUUCGGAUAACCAGUCUCAUGAUAAUGAGGAUGAUGAAGUUUUCGUGUAA